CCUUUCCAUGCCGAUGGCUGGUGUGAUACCAUCAACAACCGAGCCUAUUGUCAGUAUGAUGGUGGUGACUGUUGUUCCUCCACAGUCUCCUCGAAGAAGGUUGUUCUGUUUCCCAACGGCUGUGAUGAGGACGAAUGCACCUGCCGGGAUCCAGCAGCAGAAGAAAAUCAGUAGCCCACUGCAGCAGCCCACUAGGACACGUUGUGCUGCUAAGGCUCAACUUGGAAGAAAUGACAAAGGCUUGAGGGAAAGCAUAAAUAGGAGACAGCAAGGGCUGAAGAAAAGGAUUCAGGGGAAGUCUGGUCCUGCACUUGAUGUGUAAGUGCAUAAAGAAGAAAGGAAGAAAUUUUGAAGAAAGAGGUGGAGAAGAGAGCAAGAAAACGAAACACCCUUGGUCAACUGGACCUCCAGUCUACCUUCCAUGCCACAUCAAUGGCUUGCCACCUGGACUGUGUCUUUGCUCUGACAUUUUAUUGGUGUGCGCUUCUCUGGAGCUUGAUUUAGCAAAGCUAAAGAGGGAAAUGUGAUCCUGUCUGCAAAUAUUUAAACAUAAUUUUAUUACAAAUCUAUAUAAUAUUUUUACUUGCUGUUUAGUAAACUAAAUCAUGCUGCUGUGAAACACACGACAUUAGAAACGUGGGGUCAUGUAAUGAACAUUCCCAGAAACCCAGCAGAAUUCCAAUGGGGCCCUUAUAAAUAUCUAAAUGAAGCAGUAAUUGCUUCCCCCCCACCCUAAAUUAUUUCACACUCAACUGCAGAGUUAAAGUCAUGUAUGAGAAUGCUCUUGUCAGUCAUAUCUGCCUGCACUUCUACCACAAAGAAGCAAUGCCUGUUUUUUUUUACUGGGCAUAUAUAAAUACCCAUUCCUCUAGUUCCUAAGCAGCAUUACAAGUAGUAAUCUAAAGAAAUGAAAGGCAUAUGAUAUAAGAACCCCCCCAUUAAAACUUAAUGUAUUUUAAAACCACACCAGUUACUAUACUUCUUCAUCCAUUUCUACCCUUCCAAAUCACUCUUACUUCUUCUGUGUCAUACACUGUUCUAUUCUGCUGACUUUAACUAGGAUGUUAGUUCUGUCACUUCCUUAAUAACGAAGAAGGCAGAAGCAUCCUAAAAACCAUUUCUGACAAACAUUCAUUCCACACAAUAGACCAAAUACUUGUCAUUAUCUUUUCAUCCCUUAAAAUUUCUCUGUUUUCCAUUCUUUUGUAAACAUUGUGGGGAGAUACAUAAACUCAUUUACUUUUUCCAGUUUUGGUAUUUAUGUAGGAAUAGCAAACAUGCGCUAAACACAGCUUCCUUGACCUUUGAUGCAUCAGUUUUAAAAUCUAUACUGUUAACUCUGCCCGCCUACCCAUCUAACAUUUGCUGCAAAACUUUCAAACCUGUUGCCAGCCAAUACACUUCAAAGAUUCCUUAUAUAGUAGUUAUCCAUAAAUAUAGUAAAAGAAGAAUGAGUCACCGGCCCUUGUUUAUUCUCACCCAUACUUUUCUUUCAUCGCUCCUCUCAUCACAUUCACCAACUUUCGACUCUGUGCUUUCAAAUCAUCCAUGAUUUAAAUGUAUUCACUUUAUUUCAUACUUUCUCUAAACCAUUGUAUAAUGCAUUUCUUUUUAAUGUGUUUCUGUUUCAUAUUUAUGCAUUUCUUAGUGACCUGAUAAAAACUGGUUGCUCACUGCUUGCCUGGCAUAAAGCUGGAUUUCUUGUUGUUGUGUCUCCCAGCCUUUCAAUUAGAAUUCUGAAAAAUGUUUCCCCAAAUACACUUAACAACUCCCACCAUAAAUGUAUUACUCAGUCUUGCUAUUCUUUCCUUGAAGGAGAAUAGUGAUAACAACAUCCAUCCAUUUAUCAAACUCAGGUGCAGCCUUCCCAUUAAAUGAGCCAGCCAUUCUGUAGGCAAACCACACCUUUGUUUUAAGAUUUAUACCACCUAUACUUGCAAUUUUACCAUUUCUCAACAGUAUUUAUGAUAGCCUUUAGCAGUUUUCCUCUUUGAACACUACUGUUUAUAUUUCAAUAUAUGUGAUUUCAUUAAGAAAUUUGAUUAUAAUAAUUUCUAAUACAAACUAAAAGACAGAAAAUGAAUAGAAAAGUGAAAAGUGAAAAAAAGAAAAAAGUAAUAAAUA